AUGUUUGUUUUAAACCUGCUGGAGUGCCUUUCCAUCCACAUUGGCCAAGCUGGUAUCCAGAUUGGGGAUGCUUGCUGGGAACUCUAUUGCCUGGAACAUGGAAUCCAGCCAGAUGGCGUUGUUCUCAACAGUAGAAAGGAUCAACUGGAAAGUGAGAACAUGGAGCAUAUGGAUGCAUCUUUCAAUACCUUCUUUUGUGAGACGAGAGCUGGGAAGCACGUGCCCAGAGCACUCUUCAUGGAUCUGGAGCCCGCUGUUAUAGAUGGGAUUCGAGCUGGCCAGCACCGCUCACUCUUCCACCCAGAGCAGCUCGUCAGCGGGAAGGAAGACGCCGCGAACAACUACGCCCGCGGUCGCUACUCUGUGGGGUCUGAGAUCAUCGACCUUGUGCUAGAGAGGAUCCGAAAGCUGGCAAAGCAGUGCAGUGGACUUCAGGGAUUUUUGAUUUUCCGAAGCUUUGGAGGAGGCACCGGAUCAGGAUUUACAUCUCUCUUAAUGGAGCAGCUCUCGAUAGAAUAUAGCAGGAGGACGAAAUUGGAGUUCUCUGUCUAUCCAGCCCCCAGGAUCUCCACUGCUGUAGUGGAGCCUUACAACUCCGUCCUUACCACACACUCCACCCUGGAGCACUCGGACUGCACCUUCAUGGUGGACAAUGAGGCCAUCUAUGACAUCUGCCACCAUAAACUCGGUGUCGAGCGCCCCUCUUACGCCAGCAUUAAUAGGCUAAUAGGUCAGGCGGUAUCUUGCAUUACUGCUUCCCUCCGGUUUGAAGGGCCCUUGAAUGUGGACCUCAUUGAAUUCCAGACCAACCUAGUACCUUAUCCAAGAAUACAUUUCCCCAUGACAACAUUUGCCCCCAUCAUCUCUGCUGACCAUGCCUACCGUGAGGAGCUCUCUGUGUCCGACAUCACAGCUGCUUGCUUUGACUUCUCCAAUCAGCUGGUCAAGUGCGACCCUCAGCUGGGGAAGUACAUGGCCUGCUGCCUACUCUACAGAGGGGACGUGGUCCCCAAAGAUGUGAAUGCAGCCAUUGCAGCCAUGAAGUCAAGGAACUCUGUGCAGUUUGUGGAUUGGUGUCCGACUGGUUUCAAGGUGGGCAUCAACAACCAGCCACCCAUGGUGAUGCCAGGAGGGGACCUGGCCAGGGUCCAGCGGGCCGUGUGCAUGCUGAGCAACACCACGGCCGUCGUGGAGGCCUGGGCCCGCCUGGACCACAAGUUCGACCUCAUGUAUGCCAAGAGGGCGUUUCUGCACUGGUACCUCAGGGAAGGCAUGGAGGAAGGCGAGUUCGCAGAGGCCAGGGAAGACUUGGCUGCCCUAGAGAAGGAUUACGAAGAAAUGGGGCAAAGUUUCUGA